AUGGGUGGAGGCGUCUGGGUUUUCCGGUUGGCUUCCCUUCUUGCGCUUGGUUUUGUGCUCAGCCGCGUCGAGGCUAGCCUGGGAGAUAUUGAUCCGCGGUACAGAACCUGCGUGAGGGAGUGUCAGACUACAGGGAUUACUGGGGAGAAUAUCAUCAGCCACUGCCAGUCCAAAGAGAAUGACACAUCUGUUGGAGAGAGAGGGGAACGACAAUCACUUGGCCUGAGCCCUGUGAAAUAUCAUGGCAAAUGGCCUUUCUUACGUGUUUCUGUGUUCCAGGAACCUCUUUCAGCUGCACUAUCUGCUAUCAACCUAUUAAUGCACUUCACUGGCUGGCUUUCAUUUUUCCUUCUAGUGAAUUACAAAUUACCUCUUAGACCCCAGACGAAGAGAACUUACUAUGAAUAUACUGGCUUAUGGCAUAUCUAUGCAAUUUUAUCAAUGAAUGCAUGGUUCUGGAGCUCCAUCUUCCAUACUAGAGAUAUUGACUUGACUGAGAAAUUGGACUACUCUUCAGCUGUUGCGCUGCUUGGAUACUCGUUAAUCCUUUCGUUGCUAAGGACUUUCAAUGUCAAGGAUGAGGCUACCAGGGUGAUGUUUGCAGCCCCUAUUUUGGCAUUCGUUACAACACACAUCUUGUAUCUUAACUUCUACGAGCUUGACUAUGGAUGGAACAUGAAAGUCUGUGUGGUGAUGGCUGUGGUUCAACUUCUGUCAUGGGCAAUUUGGGGUGGCGUAAGCAGACACCCAUCACGUCUCAAGCUUUGGACAGUUGUUUUUGGAGGAGCACUAGCUAUGCUUCUCGAACUCUACGACUUUCCUCCAUACAUGGGCUAUGCUGAUGCCCACUCUCUGUGGCAUGCGAGCACCAUUCCACUCACGUAUCUCUGGUGGAGCUUCAUUAAGGAUGACGCUGAAUUCCGCACCUCAACACUCAUCAAGAAGGCAAAGUAA